CCCCAAAUACGGAUCUGCCACGUCUCCUGGAGGCCAGGAGUGAUAUUGACAGUUUAUUGCGCCAAAGUGACGCAAGCCGAGGCGCAGUUUCAGGAAGCAUUUCGCCCCCGGCGACAGGUUCUAAAUCAGGAUGUGCCUUUAGCCUCAAGAAGUCGAGGGAGCGCGAUAUAAACAGCCUCAUAUAGUCUAGAUUCGAAUUAGAGGAAGGUUUCAGCGUGUCUCCAGCUCACAAACUGCAGGGAUCAAGAACAUGAAUGAAGUCAAACUCGCUGUGCUAGGAACUGAUGGAGUUGGGAAAUCCGCCCUCAUCGUGCGUUUUCUAACCAAACGUUUCAUCGGCGAGUAUGCGUCCAAUUCCGAGUGUAUCUACAAAAAACGCUUAUCCAUAGACGGGAGGCAAACAAAUUUAGAAAUAUUUGACCCUUGUCCCCAACAUUCUGAGAGUAAGUCAUCAUUGAUUGAUCAAGUGAACUGGGCUGAUGGGUUUGUUGUGGUGUACGAUAUUGGUGAUCGAUCCUCCUUUGUGUUUGCAAAAGCACUCGUUCGGCGAAUCCGAGAACUAAUUAGUGAAAUUUGCAAACGAGAGGUUACAUCGAUAAUAUUUUUGGUUGGCAAUAAGCAAGACCUAUGCCACGUGAGAGAAGUGAGAGAGGAGGAAGGACUGCUUCUAGCUGGAGAAAACAAAUGCCAGUUUUGCGAACUGUCGGCAGCUGAGCACUACCAAGAGGUGGCAGUGAUGUUUUUAAAGGCCAUCAGGAGUGUAAGCGGGAGCCGCAGAAGAAGACCCAGUGGUUCAAAAUCAAUGGCUAAGUUAAUUAAUAAUGUAUUUGGUAAAAGAAGGAAAUCUGUGUAGCUUGAUACAAUUUUCUUCACACUGAUGUACUGUAAUGUAUGCAAGCCCCCCAAUAAUACCUGUUGUUUCAGUUUUCCCUAAUCACAAUCUGUAAAUAGACAUUUAAGUUAACCGUUUUGGAUCGACAGAGAAUAAAAACCCAGAAAACCACAUCCAGGUGCUUUCUUUCUGGAUGAACGUUACAUUGCCAAUUGAAAAAGAUGGAAUGUAGUGGCAGUUGUGGUGGGGAGAGGUUGUUCUGAUUGAGCAUUCUUGGCAUAAGUUGUGUGUAGAGAAUCAUGGGGGUUGCAAAUGGAACAUACUGACAAUCUCUGCUCAAAGACCUGCCUUUCACUCCCAUCAUGUAAAGCUUUUUGUUAGAGGUGCUAAUUUGUAAACAUUCCUUAUGUGAUCUACUGUCAGUGACUCUAUAAGAUAUAUUGGUACAUUAUGUCAUGCACACUAUAAGAAUGCAGUGAAAUAUGAAAUUGUAUUAUAUUUUGAUUACUAUUUAAGGGUGCAUCAUUUGGGGGAGACCAUCAAUAAAUCUUACGGUUUAUAUGCAAAUUAUAACAUAUAAAUUGCUUUUCCAAGAUGAAAUUCCACUGUUCUGUCACACUUGAGAGUUUAUGUCAGCAGCAUGUGUUUGGUACACAGUAAAGGUACAAAUAUAAAACCUAAAUUUAUGUCACAACAGAUGUAAAUAUGUGAAAGUUUUGUAAAUCACAAAUAAUACUAGGAUCUUAUUGUACAAGUUUAUGUAAAUGAAGCACUUUGUCAAUCCCAUGAUCUGUUGGUUGAUUUAUACUUUUUAUAUUUCUAUCGUUUCAGUGCCAUGCAAUUAAAACCUUUACAUUA